AUGAACAACGACGACACAUGGACAAACAACGACGAUACAUGGACAAACAACAGCAGCACAUGGAUGGAUGACAACAUGGCACGUCAACGGAUGUGCCACGUCGUCCAGACAGUGAUGACCCAUGUCGUCGUCACUGUCUACAUCAAUCCAGCAACCAAUAACCGACGAAUGUCAAUGACUACACACAGACAGACAACAACAACAACGGUACUCACACAGAUGGACAACGACGACAACGGUACAUGGACAAACGACAACGGUACACGGAUGAACGACAACAGUACACGGAUGAACGACAACGGGCAUAUGUUGACGACAACAUAA